CUUCAGCCCUCACUCACUGAUGUUUGCUGUCUGACUGUAAACAAGAACAAGGGAGUAAUAAGGACACGGACAAACAGAGAGGGAAGAAGGGAGUUUUGUGUCCACAUUUGGAUGGUGGGAACUUCAGAAUCCCAGGGACGUUUUUGCAUCUCUAUUUUAAGCUGAAGACAACUAGAGCAGGUCUGGAGUUUAUCCAUGAUGGAGUCCUUCCUCACACUGCUGCUGGCACUUGUGGCCUCUGCAGCUUCAGUGGAAUGGAGGCGUCCAAUAAUCAAAGUCAAUUCCAAGGUGGUGACAAACCCUGAGGCGGUGGUUAGGGUUGGCAGGCCUCUGGAUCUGAGGUGUGAGGGCAACGGUCCUGUGAGCUGGCAACCCAGGCUUGCCAAACACAGGCGCUUUAUGUCUAGAAGCAGUGGGAACGUCCGCAUCUUCAGGGUGGAACGGCCUUCGGCAGAAUUCACCGGAACAUACAAGUGCUUCUACACUGCCGGACCCAAAUCCAGUGAUCUGGCCUCCUCAUUGCAUGUAUAUGUAAAAGACCCCCUGCGAGUGUUUUGGACCAGUAGCACAUCUCUCCGUGUGGUAAGGAAGGAGGGUGAGAACUUCCUGCUACCCUGCCUGCUAACAGACCCCUCAGCCACUGAUUUGGGCCUUCGCAUGGACAACGGCACGUCCGUGCCACCGGGAAUGAACUUCACUGUGGACAGGCACCGUGGCAUCUUAAUCCACAACCUCCACCCAAGCUUCAAUGCCGAUUACGUUUGUACGGCUAAAGUCAAUGGACAGGAAAGAACCUCUAGGGCCUUUUCCAUCAACGUCAUUCAGAAGCUGCGCUUUCCUCCAUAUGUCUUCUUGGAGACUGAUGAAUAUAUACGAAUAGUUGGGGAAGAAAUUAAGAUUCGCUGCACGACACACAAUCCAAACUUUAACUACAACGUCACGUGGAAAUAUACCACCAAAUCGAACCCAACAAUAGAGGAGACUGUUCGCUCCAAUGGAGAGAAUCGUUUGGAUAUCCAGAGCAUCCUUACGAUCCCUGCGGUUGACCUCGCAGACACAGGAAACAUCUCCUGCAUUGGUACAAAUGAAGCCGGAGUGAACAGUACGACUACUUACCUGCUGGUUGUGGACAAGCCCUACAUCAGGUUGCUUCCCCAACUCUCACCCAAACUGGCCCCAAAGGGUCUUUCUGUUGUGGUCAACGAGGGAGAGGACUUGGAGCUCAGCUUGCUCAUUGAAGCCUACCCUCAUAUCACGGAGCAUAGAUGGCUGACUCCAACACCUCCGAACAAAUCCUCACAGGAGCACAAGUUCAUCCGAUACAACAACAGAUACCAUGCAACCCUGCAGCUGAAAAGAAUGAACAUACAGGAGCAGGGCCAAUAUACUUUCUAUGCAAGGAGUAAUUCAACCAAUGCAUCCAUCUCAUUUCAAGUCCAAAUGUAUCAGCGACCUAACGCGGUUGUUAGAUGGGAAAAUGUAACCACUCUGACUUGCACCUCAUUUGGCUAUCCGGCUCCAAGGAUUAUCUGGUAUCAGUGUGUGGGAAUACGACCCACGUGCAAUGAAAACACCUCAGGGUUGCAGUUGGCCAUCCCUCUCAAGGCUCCCACUGUGGAAGUCCAGAGAGAAGAGUACGGCGCUGUGGAGGUGGAGAGUGUCCUUACGGUUGGACCUUCCAGCCAGAGGAUGACUGUGGAGUGCGUAGCCUUCAAUCUUGUUGGUGUGAGUCGAGAUACACUCGCCAUGGAAGUUUCUGACAAGCUCUUCACCACCACCCUGAGUGGAGCGGCAGGCAUUCUGGCAAUCCUCCUGCUGCUGCUGGUUAUUCUGCUUUACAAAUACAAGCAGAAACCUCGUUAUGAAAUCCGUUGGAAGAUCAUUGAGGCGAGGGAUGGCAACAACUACACUUUCAUCGAUCCCACGCAGCUGCCGUACAACGAGAAGUUGGAGUUCCCAAGAGACAAGCUCAAACUAGGAAAGAUUUUAGGUGCAGGUGCAUUUGGAAAAGUUGUUGAAGCAACUGCUUAUGGUCUGGGAGAGGAGGACAAUGUCAUACGUGUGGCUGUGAAAAUGUUAAAAGCCUGUGCACACUCAGAUGAGAAGGAGGCUCUAAUGUCUGAGCUGAAGAUCCUGAGUCACCUGGGGCACCACAAAAACAUUGUCAAUCUGCUCGGGGCCUGCACUUAUGGAGGACCAGUACUUGUGAUCACUGAGUACUGCAGCCUGGGUGAUCUGCUGAACUUCCUACGCCAAAAGGCUGAGACUUUCGUAAACUUCGUCAUGAGUAUUCCCGACAUCAGCGAGAGCUGCAACGAUUAUAAAAACAUUUGUGUUCAGAAAAAAUUUAUCCGAAGUGACAGUGGGAUCUCCAGUGUGGCCUCAAGCACUUACCUGGAGAUGAGACCUUGUCAGUUGCCUAAUGCAGAACAAUCUCAAGACUGCGAGGAAACUGGUGACUGGCCACUGGACAUGGAUGACCUGCUGAGAUUCUCCCUUCAAGUCGCGCAAGGCCUUGAUUUUCUUGCAGCUAGAAAUUGUAUCCACAGAGAUGUCGCGGCGAGGAAUGUCCUCCUGACCAACCGCAGGGAGGCGAAGAUUUGUGACUUUGGUUUGGCCCGAGACAUCAUGAAUGACUCCAACUAUGUCGUGAAAGGCAAUGCCCGUCUGCCUGUGAAGUGGAUGGCCCCAGAGAGCAUCUUUGACUGUGUCUAUACCGUGCAGAGUGACGUCUGGUCCUACGGUAUCCUCUUAUGGGAGAUUUUCUCUUUGGGUCAGAGUCCAUAUCCCAGCAUGGCAGUGGACUCCAGGUUCUACAAGAUGGUGAAGCGUGGUUACCAGAUGUCGCAGCCUGACUUUGCUCCCCUUGAAAUGUAUGCCAUCAUGAAAAUGUGCUGGAAUCUGGAGCCUACAAAGCGUCCAACCUUUAGCAAAAUCUCACAGAUGAUAGAAAAACUACUCGGCGGCCAUUUUGAGCAGGGGCAGGUAAUCUACCAGAAUCUGCAGCAGGAGGUCACAGAGGCCGAUGCGUAUGACCAGCCCAAGUGUCAUGAUGGCCCUUGUGACCAGUCUUGUGACCACGGCGAAGAGGAGCAGCCUCUGAUGAAGACAAACAACUAUCAGUUUUGUUGAAAUUGCCUCAAACAACAAUACAUUUGUGAAAAGAUUGACCACCAAAAAGUAAAACAAAACAAAAAAAAGUAAAUAAUAAAAUGAAAAUUAAUCAGGAAAAGCAAGAUCAGCUGCGACUCUUGGGAUGAGGCCUUUUUUUUUUUUUUUGCAGCCCUGCAGACUGUUACCCUCUCAGCUAUUUUGUGCCCUAUGUGCCGUCCGCCAGACAGACGACCGGCUGCAAUAAAACAUGUGACUCUCUUCAGUGCAGAUCAUGACUAGAAACGGCCAGGUCUAACCUCAGCUGCAGACAUGAAGGGAGGAAACACGUCAACAAGUGUGCAAGCUUUCAUAGCUGCAUUCUAUUAAAAAUAUCACCCCUGCUGAACUGUUAGACAGUCUUUUGUCUUACAUAUGUUUUUUUUUUUUCCACAGCUUUUUUCAUCAGUGGGCCUUUUGUUUAUUACAUUUUUUUUUACUGCCACAUGAUAAUCUUGUUCUCGUAAAGGUUGAAAUCAGCAGGAUCACUUCCUUUUAAUUGUUUCAUUGCAUGCAUAUGCAAAAGAAGCAGGUAUACAAUUGCAAACUGGACUAAAAAAGCUUGAUGUAGGAUUUUCUCUACUUUAGUUUGUUGUUCAUCUCCCUCUAUCAGUUAAAGUACAAGCGUAUUUCCUCCUUGUUGGCUGAACAUGGUAAAAUCAGGACAUGCUGUUUUCUUUCUCUGUGCUUCUGUCAUGGCUGUUUUCCUUGCGACACACUUCCAAUUCUCAUUGGUGGUUAGAAUCAUGUGAUUUUUCCGCUUCACUUUAAGUGAUUUACCAGUGUUUAGCGUAAUUUAGCUGCAGGAAAAUCUGCGGCUCUCUUUUGGAACAGAGAAAACUUUUAUAUCUGACAAUGUGAACUUCUUUUUUCCAUUUUUUUUAUGUGCAUUUUGUAAGUUGCAAAUACAUCUCUCUUCCAGCAUAAGAUGAAUGUUUGCAUGAAAAUGUCCUCCUAAUGUAGCAGUAAGCCUACACUGCCAAAUGUAUGAUGAUUCCUAAUGACAUAAGCUAUGUGAGCAAUGCAGACUGCAUAUUUGUGCGACGGCAUUUUGUGUUUGAAACGAAACACGUGAAAUGUCUCAUAAUGUACAUAUAUAUAAAUAUAUAUAUAUAUAUAAAA